CGGUGUUUCUCCUCUUUUCAAUUAACAUGAUUUAUUCUUAUAAACCCUGGCUCCUCAUUCAGGAAAUGCUGGAGUCAUAGCAAGCAUAUCCGCUUUCGCUCUUCCUCACUCCACACGCCAUUUUUUAGAGAGGGAAAAAAAUCACUUCCGUAAUAAUGGCGUUUCACCGGCGGCGCAACCACUAUUACAACCGUUUCCGGUCUAUUCUUCCUCUAAUAUUCUCUAUUUCUGGAGCUCUUCUCAUUCUCUUUGCCCUCCUCUCGUUUCUCGCUCCUACUCCGAUUGAUUCUAAUAAUCCCCAACAUACGAACUCGCUGUACGCUAGGAAUGGUGUUGUUGAAGAUACGAUUGGACAAUCUGUUCUUCACGUACCGAAAAAAGGAAGGACGGAUCGUGAUAUUUGGAGCUCGAAAAAUUCGUUAUAUUACUAUGGAUGCAGCAAUGCUAGCAUCAAGUUUGCAAAUGCUGAUGCUGUUACACAGCCCAAUCGGUACUUGCUGAUUGUUACUAGUGGAGGCUUAAAUCAGCAAAGGACUGGGAUUAUAGAUGCUGUUGUUGCUGCUCGUAUCUUGAAUGCCACUCUUGUUGUUCCACGGCUUGACCAGAAGUCUUUUUGGAAAGAUUCAAGUGAUUUUCCAGAGAUUUUUGAUGUUGAUUGGUAUAUUUCUUCUCUGUCAAAGGAUGUCAAAAUCAUUAAAUCUCUCCCUAAAAGGGGAGGGAAAACUUGGAUUCCACGCAACAUGCGCGUUCCAAGGAAGUGUAGUGAGAGAUGUUAUCAAAACCGUAUCUUACCUGUUCUUUUGAAAAGGCAUGCAAUUCAGCUCACGAAGUUUGAUUAUAGAGUCGCAAAUAGGUUGGAUACCCAAUUGCAAAAGUUGAGAUGUAGAGUCAACUACCAUGCCUUGAAGUUUACUGAUCCUAUUCUUCGAAUGGGUGAGAAAUUGGUCCAUCGAAUGAGGAUGAAAAGCAAGCAUUUCAUUGCCUUGCAUCUGAGGUUUGAGCCCGAUAUGCUGGCAUUCUCUGGAUGCUAUUACGGUGGAGGUGACAAGGAAAGGAAGGAACUUGGUGCAAUAAGGAAGAGGUGGAAAACUUUACAUGUAAGUAACCCUGAUAAGGAAAGGAGGCAUGGAAAAUGCCCGCUGACUCCAAGAGAAGUUGGCCUUAUGUUGAGAGCUCUGGGUUAUAGCAGUGACAUUCAUAUUUAUGUGGCAUCCGGAGAAGUGUAUGGAGGGGAAGAGACAUUGGCACCCCUAAAAGCACUCUUCCCAAACUUCUAUACAAAAGAGACUUUAGCCAGCAAGGAGGAGCUGGAGCCAUUUUCUUCAUUUUCUUCAAGGAUGGCUGCACUCGACUUCAUUGUUUGCGAUGAAAGUGAUGUAUUUGUUACCAACAACAAUGGUAACAUGGCUAGAAUAUUAGCUGGAAGAAGGAGAUAUUUUGGACACAAACCUACCAUUCGUCCAAAUGCGAAAAAGCUAUAUAGAUUGUUCUUGAACCAAACAACCAUGUCAUGGGAAGCAUUCACCUCUAAAAUGCGUACUUAUCAGAGGGGCUUCAUGGGGGAGCCAAAGGAGGUGAGGCCGGGUAGGGGAGAGUUUCAUGAGAACCCACACACCUGCAUUUGUGAAGAUUCUGAAGCCAAAGCAAAGAAAGAUUCAGGACCUGGAAAAUAUGGAAAGGGGUAUGAUGAUGUAUUAGGCGACGAUGAGCCAGAAUUGCCUGAUCCUGAUGAUGAUGGAUACCAAGAUGGCCCUCAAGAGAAAGAACAGUUCAAUGGAACAGGUAUGGAUUAUGACGGAAUCACCAAUGAAGAACCCGAGUUGGAAGAAAUUCUUUCAGACUAGACAGUGCUACACUGGGUUCUUUGCUGUGCUUAAACAAUUCUUUUGUUGAAUGGUCAAAAGAUCAUGCUGCAUAUGCCCAACCUGCUGUUUAUAAAACUGCCUGGAUUGAGAUCCCCAAAAGCCCCCCCGGAACAUCGCAACAAUAUCAAGACACAACCCUGAGCUGUUUUAAUGAGUUAUGACUUAGGAACAUCUCCCGUAAGGUGUGAUCUUGAGUUCAACAUCAUACCUUUCACGAGGCUUCAGAGUUCAGCCUCUUUGCAGUGAAAUUCGGGGAACGGGUCUGAAGACGCAGUCUAAGAAGGGUUUUCAGAACCCUUCUUGGUUUUAGACUUCUGCUAGAUUGAUGACUGUCUGUUUUAGUGUUUUAAGAGUGAGAUUAGUGUCCCGCAAAGCUGUUCUCUUCCCAGAGGCUGUUAAGCAGCGACACGUGUGUGUACAUUGCUGAUUGGAAUUUUUCUUUUUUGACAUAUUUUCUUUGGAGACUAGUCAUCAGUGAUAGUUGGAGAAUUUGUUGUAAAAACUAGAAUAUAGAAAAUCUUGGUAGUUUAUGAAAUUGAUAGCUUGAGAACUAGCAUUUCGAUAGCAGUUCUCAAGGGUUCCGUACU